UAUCGUACGCUCUAUGGCUUUAAUCCGUCGACAAAACACGGGUCGAUAAACAAGAAGAUUUUGGACGAUCAGAGAGCUUUCGACCUGAGGUGGCCCCCAGUCAUCGGUGCUCUCGCCUUAUGCUAUGCCUUAAAUCACGGCCCGUAUCUCGCGUUCAAUGCGGCGGGACUUGUGGUCCAGUUCUGGAACCCACUCCACGAUAAUAUCAUCGUAUGGUUUGGUGUCAUAGAAGGCAUACUUCUGCCGAUCGCUCUCUACAUAACGGACGACCCAUUUAGGGACGCCGUCAAGAGGAGCUUUCGCAGGAAAAACUACCGGUGCUCUGAUAUUAGCAGCGAAGGCCCGUUUCCUCUAUAUUUUAAUGACUUCGCGCUCAUUGAUAAGCCAUAUGUCGGUGCUAUGAGUAGUAUACCGACCGCUAAACUAAAUACCUCGUCCUCGCCAUUGACUGUGGUCUCCAACUACCGGCGCUCGUCUAUGAGAGCCAAUGAGAAGCACCGGCGAACCAAUACUAAUGAACCGCUAAUGCGAGUCAAUACUAAUGGUUUGUCUUCAUUACGCAAACCCAAGGCAUCGAAAGCUAGCGACAAAUAUAUGUUUCUCAGUAUUUAUGGCGUCGAUAAAGUCAUACCUGUCAGCAAGCAGAGCAUUCAAUACAACACCGGCACCGGUAGUAGUCAUGAUGAGCACUCAUUAGCCAAUCCAUACGCCCCUACCUAUAAAAACAGUACAACUCUAUCGACUUUCGCCGGUUCUGACAACUCUAUUAGCAAACCAACGAUCGAUUGCAGUAAAGGCUUGGAUGACAAACACCAGCAGUAUGUGAGCGAUAGUAAAGUGUGGUAUAGUCCUCAUAGCGGCAAACAUUACGACCAAAAACUGAACCCAAACUUAAUCGAUACGAAAAGCUCAUCAAAAGCUAAAUAUGCAAACGAAGAGCACAUUUACGCCACACUUUCCGAAACAUUUAGCGUCAGGUCUACUCUUCCCGACAAAAGACAAUUACAGCAAAAGUUACAGAAACUUAAUGACUCGAUAGACAACCCCAAUGACAGGAACGACAUCUCCAAUGAGAUAAAUAUGCAAAACGCGAGUAUAAUCUCUGCGUUCAAUUCGGCGCACAAUUACCCUAAGAGUUGCGGCACCGCUAGUGUGGACGGGCUGUCGAUGAGUGGCGUGUCGUUCACCACAUUAGCGAACGACGACUUCGAGUUCACCAAAGGCUCGGACACUCAGACAACCACUGAGAGGACACUUAACGACGAGAGCGACGACCGAAUGGACAGCAGUUCUGUGGGCUCGUCGUCGUCGACGGGCUCGUACUCCAUGGAUGAGCCGCUAAACAAAAGCCAUAUCUACGAUAACUUAGCGUUUGAAUGCGAUAAUAGCCAUAAUAGCCAUACGAGUGCCGGUGCCGGAGUCACACCAUCGCAGGGCUCGCGUAACGCCUCCGCCGCACAUCACUUGAGUUCUUCAGUUUCGGCCAUCAAUUAUGUGCAGAGGAAUGACAGCUCUAUUGUUCACAAAUCGAUGGCAACGCAUCCCAGAAAAACUCUCAGCGAAACAAAUCUUUUGAUUUCGUCGACGAGUCGACAAAACUCGGGUUCACUGCAGAGGAUCGAUGAACACCACGACAGACGCAGGGGUGUGGGCCCUGUCGGUCAUCCAACCCAUCACCGAUACGGCACUGCCAGAAGUGGUCACCUCUACAACACACAGAGUAGCGAUAGUCUCGACAGCAGCACAAGCGCCGACUCGUCCGCUAAUAAUCACAAUAAUGCGGACAUUCACUCAAAGUUGGCGAAUGUCCUCAAACGCAAGACGAAUGCCAAUAAUACGAGUUUAUCUGUCAUUCGGCAAAACGCUUACAUCAAUAACAGGGCUAACCAUAAGAGCAGAUCCCGCACUAAAAAGUAUAAGAAUAGCAAACGAGAAGACAAUCAACAGUCGAGCUAUAAGUCGAGAAAAGCCAGAGACUUAGCUCACAAUCAAAAAGCCGCUGAUCUGUCAAAAGCUAAUAACAAUUUAUUUGGGAGUCAAUCGGUUUGGAGUAUUGAGAGCAAAAGCAAACCCAUUGUUCGCAACCUGAAUGGUCUGACCAGAAUCGGGUCGUACGCGCAGGAAUGGUAUCUCAAUAAGUCGAUGCCUGACUUGUGUUCAUUGGAUUCAUUGGACAACUCGUGUCCGUCACCGGUAUUCUCGCCAUUAUAUAAGAGAGAGUCGAAGAAAUCGCUUAAUAAGGAAUAG